CUCCUUUCACAGGCUGGGGGGGAGAGAGACAAAAAACAAAUAAACUUGAAAUAUUUGUUGUUAACAUAUUGUAAGAAUAAAACAGAUCUGCACGUUUCCAGGAGCAUUCAGCUAGCACAUUUUGGAAGUUAAGGCCAACUGGGCAUGAUUUGUAGCUAGGGAGGAUGUGCAGUAGAGCUGUAUAAUUUCAUUGCCUUCUGUAUGGAAAGUGUAAAUUACCUGGGGAGGGACUGGUGCCUCAGACAUUUUGCUUCAGACACAUAAAAUCAGAUAGUGCCACUGUGCUGUUUUAAAUUGGAGCUAUUUCCCAAGUGCAGGUGCAAAAGCUUUGUGGAACGGUAGCUCUAUAAAUCUGCAAUUUUAAGCUUACCGAGCUAGUGAUAGAAGAACAAAACAUCAGGUUUGUGAUAAACAAAAACAAUGAAACAAAAUACGGAGUGUGAGAAAAUGGCACUGAUGGGAGUUGAGGCUUUUAGCUUUUUAUACUUGGGAGAGGACAAAAGUCUUUUCUGUUCUCUGUGGGUUUUAACACUCUGUUUAAUAAUCUACUUGAACUGACUUUGUAGAACUGUCACUGACUUUUCUUAUAAUGGAGAGAAAUGAGAGUGGCAUUGCGAUCCGUUUUCACUAGUUAUUUUCCCAGUUGACAUUGGUGUUUCACUUCUCUUGAAACAAGUUAGAGCUUUAUACUAACCUGAAUAAUACCUUGUUUCUUCUGAGUAACAGUAAGAAUAUGGUUCUCCCUAAAGCAAUAAGCCAUGUAAUCUAUCCAUCCAUGAGGAAUUCUUGCUCAGGGGGGACGGAGGUGUCUUAAGUGCAAGAAUCACUUGUGCUCUUUACAUCCCUUACCUGAAUUGACUUCCUACGUAGCUGUAAAGUUCAACAUUAAGAGCCAUAUGUUCUAAUUACUCUGCUACUGAAAGGGAGGAGGAGGAAGAGUUCAUGCUUGGGAGAGCUCCAUAGUGCAGUCUUAGCGUCUUAGUUUUCUUUCUGCUGUGGAAAUAAUUAUUAAUAUCUUUUUGUUCUUGUUCAGAAGGCUUAUUUUUGCUCUCCCCUCCACACCACCAAAAGGCUGGAAUAGUUUCUUCAGCUUUCUAAAACAUGAAAAAAUACUCAAAAUUUGACAAAAGCAUAAUGCAAGACUAAUUAUAAGUUGCCUUUGCUAAAGGGCAAAAUGAACUUUUUUUGCAAAGUGAUUACUUUCCAGUGCUGGUUUUUCUUCUGCAGGUUGAGGUGAUUGAAAGUGAUGGCUCUUGUUCUUUUGACUGUAUAGUACUAACUUGGGUUACCAUCUCUGACAGGUCUUGUAUAAUAUGUAAAUUAAGGGGAAAGGAAGACUAGCUUUCAGUAUUCCUCUAGGAAGCCUACUGGUAUACUCUCUCAAGUCUUAACUUGUUUACCGUGUUGGAUUACAAAUAGUAAGCAACUGAGUCAUAGACAAUAGAAUAUGGCCGGACAAAUAUCAGAAUCUGAUCAGAUUAAGCAGUUCAAGGAGUUUCUGGGAACAUACAAUAAACUUACAGAAACCUGCUUCCUGGAUUGCGUGAAGGAUUUCACUAGCAGAGAGGUUAAACCAGAAGAGAUGACCUGCUCAGAACACUGCCUACAGAAGUAUUUAAAAAUGACACAAAGGAUCUCCAUGCGAUUUCAAGAGUACCAUAUUCAGCAGAACGAAGCUCUGGCAGCUAAAGCAGGACUGCUUGGCCAGCCUCGUUAGACAAGAGAGUACUCUGUUCAGACUUUUUAAGCAGUGCCAGUGUUCACUGGACAAGAACACAUUUUGGAUUUUCUACUCUCGGGAUGUACGUCCAGCAACUCCAGAGAGAGUUCUAGAUGCUGUUUGGAAGGUGGAGACCAUGAAGGGUUACACAAGAAGUUAGUAAUGGUUGACUGGUAGUGGAGUCUGUUUCUGAGGUCCUUUUUCUUGAACAAUCAAAUAAUGCUGAUACAAACUUGUCUAGGGCCCGCAGACUGGUAUGUUUCAAUUUCAGGGAGGUGGGAGGGUUAUACUUUGUUUCUUCUGCUCUAUUUCAGACGCCAAAAAAGUGUAAUAUAAAAGUACAUACAUAAAUGUCUUGACACCUUUUUUAUUUAAUUCAAGUAAAAUAAAUGGGAACUAUACAGGUGUAUGUAUGUUCUUUCCAAAGAUUCAUUUUUAAGACACUUCUUUGGAGCCAUGUUUUAAGUUUGCUGCAGUUUUGUUUGUCCUCACCUACUGCAGAGUCCUGUUCAUUCAUUGCUGCUUUGAGUUACUGAUAGACAGAUCAAAGACAGUGGCUCUGUUUCAGCAGCUAGGGAUGUGUGAUUGUGUCAUUUCUCUUCAUUCAAGAAGAACUUCAGCUCUUUUGCUACCAGCUGCCCCCUCAGAAUCUCAUGCUCGUUCUUGGUCUCCUAGAGCGCUUGCGCGGUGGUGCUGACAGCAUCAAGGCAAGGAUAAUGUGAGACAGCUGCUGUAACUACAGAGCUGGGGAAGGCAGGGAAGCUACCUGCUUACCCCUAGGUUAUAUUUGGUUCAUAUUUCACCAAGUCGUCCAUAAGUGAUACAAGUGCAUCAUUAGCACCCACCUACUCCCAAGGCAGCUUCUACACACUCCCUGUUUCUUUUGGGGGACCCUGGAGGUCCUCUAAACCCAGCUUCAUUGCCUGAUGAAAAUGUAAUGCAUUUCUUCAGUAACAUUAAGCUUGCCGGCAAUUUUCUCCUUUCAUUGCAUGAAUGUCAACAGAAAGGGUGAAGUAUGCACAAGACAAUGUCUUUUUUGCUGCUGGAUGAGUAUGAAGACAAGUUUGUGAAAACUAACUGUACCAGUGUUGUGUUUUUGGUGUAGAAAGGAAACUAUUCCUUUGACAGGAUCUUAAUAUCUGAAACUCUAGUCAGAUUGUUAGUACAGUAGAAUGAUGGUUCAUUGCCAUUUUAUUAUCAAAUAGUCGUGUUCAGAAGUGCAGAGUUAAAAAAAAUAAACAGAAAACGAAAAAAAAAAACCCAAAUGUACUUCAUCAGUUAACAACCACUGUAGCUAACAGGCACAUUUUAUUUUAAUUCUAACUAAAAAUACAGUGAACAAAUGGAAAUGAACAUCUGGAUUAGCAUGUAUGCUUUGAGACUGCAAGAGACUACUUCUGACUACAUGGAGUUGUUUUAAGUCAUUUGCCAGGUUCUGCUGUUAGGUACAAAGGCAACAAAAAAGAGCCUAAUUCGCCCUUUUUAUAGUCCUUCCUGUUAAAGGUUGCUCUUUACUGGUCAUCUAUUGCUUAAACAGUUGCCCAUUGAUGGCCGCAGCUACACUUGCAGCACUACUUCUGGAACCAAAAUUCCAAAAUGUAGGAAAUCAAUGACAACUGUUAAAAUGAGCUGAAUGCAAAACCUUAAUUUGUAAAACAACAUCCUGUACAAACCAUAGUUUUUUGCCCAAAAUAAACUAACUGGGUUUAUUGUGUUCAUAUUAC